AUGUCGGAACUGUGGGGCUCGCAAUCCAGCCGGAGCGAGCUGGCAGAGUUCACACGGCAGCUAUCGUUUAUGGACAACGCGACCUUUGCUCUCAAAGGACAAGUGCACUUGUUGAGGCAGAGUCUCAAGACGACCCCAGACGACGCGCUGCAGCAAAAGCUGAAGUUCCUCGAGGGUGUUGUUCAGGGCAGCUCACGACUGAAGACGGCCGUGGAGUUGAAACAGCUGGGCAUCAAGGAAGAGUACUCGGAUCUCAUUGCCUUUGAAGUUGUGGACGGAUCUUCCAGGUUGGAGGAACUCCAUGAGGUCUACAGCAAGAUGACUCAACUCUUGGCAGUGUCUGUGCACAACAUUCACAAGAUCCUCGGCACCCCAACCAACUGGGACUCAGAUUGCGGCGCUCGAGUCGUGGCUCCAGAGGCAGCCAAAGCCUCGUGCGUGGUGGCUGGCAGCGCAGCGGCUUUGGCUGGGGCACUGGCCCUGCUGGCGGAUGCUGCAAGUGCAGCUCGUGGACGGUGA